GUAAAUAUCAUGUGAUCCGAAAGUUGAGUCAGUUGUUGACAUUUUAAAACUUUUUUUUAUGCUGGUAUUUUGUUAAACGUUUAAUCAUGUCUAAGGCACCAACAAAAAUGAAGAAGAAGGUGCUGCUGAUGGGUAAAAGUGGAUCAGGAAAAACCAGCAUGAGGUCAAUUAUUUUUGCCAAUUAUAUUGCAAGGGAUACUAGAAGACUUGGGGCUACAAUUGAUGUGGAACAUUCUCAUGUGCGUUUCCUGGGAAACCUUGUCCUGAAUCUUUGGGACUGUGGAGGACAAGAAGCAUUCAUGGAGAACUAUUUUGCAAGUCAGAGAGACAACAUUUUCCGUAAUGUAGAGGUCCUGAUCUACGUGUUUGAUGUCGAGAGUCGUGAGCUGGAGAAGGACAUGCAUUACUAUCAAUCCUGUCUGGAGGCCAUUUUACAGAACUCACCUGAUGCAAAGGUCUUUUGUCUAGUCCACAAAAUGGACCUUGUGCAGGAUGAUCAGAGAGAUAUGAUAUUCAGAGAAAGAGAAGAGGAUCUAAAAAGAUUAUCAAAGCCACUAGACUGUACUUGUUUUGCCACAUCUAUCUGGGAUGAAACUCUGUAUAAGGCUUGGUCCAACAUUGUAUAUCAGCUGAUUCCUAAUGUUCAGCAGUUAGAGGCCAAUCUGACCAAUUUUGCAAACAUUAUAGAGGCAGACGAAGUUCUCCUGUUUGAAAGGGCAACAUUUCUGGUAAUUUCUCAUUGUGAGAGAAAACACCACCCAGAUCUCCACAGGUUUGAAAAGAUCAGUAACAUCAUUAAGCAGUUUAAACUAAGUUGUAGCAAACUAGCUGCCACAUUUCAGGGGAUGGAAGUCAGCAAUAAGAAUUUCUCAGCAUACAUUGAUGUCUUUACAUCCAAUACCUAUGUAAUGGUAGUCAUGUCAGAUCCCACUAUACCUUCAGCAGCAACACUUAUCAACAUUAAGAAUGCCAGAAAACAUUUUGAAAAAUUAGAAAGGGUUGAUGCUGGUCACUCCUCCAUAGCAUCUAGAUAGAAGAGGACAAAUUCCUAAUGUAAAAAACAAACUCUGGUCACGCACUCAGUGCCAAUUAACCACUACCAAAGUGUUAAGACUCUUGACAAACUGAUACGCUAGGUUGCACACAUGCGCUCUGUCAGGAUAAAUAUGUAUUUUACUAAUAGUGCAAUCUUUAUUCCAUGAGAUAACAUACUGUAUACAUGUACUGUACUUUGUCAAAAAGACAGAAAGUUCGUAUUGUGAAAUGAAUGUGCUGUUGUCUAUUUCUUUCUUUUUUCUUUCUUUUUGGAUUUUAAGUAAUGAAUUACUGAAAACUACACUAGUAAGUGUAGAAUGGCUUCAUUUAUUUAUUCAUGUACUUUGUGUUAAAUUAGUCUACAAAGGCUGUCUUGCAUUUUCUGUUAAUCGUGUAUUAUGUGACAUUAACGUGAUUACGGCACACUGUAUCAUUUGUGAAUUGUUAUUUUGAUACAAAUAUGAAGGAGAAACAUUGAGUAUUUGAAUCAUGAUUGCAAACCAACUCGGUUUAACUGCAUUAAAAUUAUUCAAAUGUGA